AUGGGUGAAUCCAGACAGGAAUUGCUGGCAUGGAUUAACAGCCUGCUGCAGCUGAAUUUGACCAAGAUUGAACAGUGCGGAACCGGGGCCGCUCUGUGUCAGAUUUUUGAUUCGAUAUUUAUGGAUGUUCCCAUGGCGCGUGUGAAGUUCAAUGUCAACUCCGAGUACGCCUAUCUCCAGAAUUUCAAAAUCCUUCAGAAUACAUUCACUCGCCACCAGAUCGAGAAGCCGAUCCCGGUCCAGCAACUCUCAAAAUGCCGCAUGCAGGAUAACCUCGAGUUUCUCCAGUGGACCAAGAGAUACUGGGACCAGCACUACCCCGGAGGCGACUACGAUGCCGUCGGCCGCCGGAAGGGUUCUGGCGCUCCCGUCCCUUCUGCCGCUGGUACUCGCUCUGGCGCAUCGUCCUCGGCGGGGGCUACUCGGAGAGGAGCUACUCCUACAACCGGCGCUGUUCGCCCUCGGGUUUCCGCAGCCGCCGGAGGAGCCAGCACUGCUGCUCUGCAGCAGGAGAUUGCGACUCAGAAGGAGGCUAUUGCUGGCCUGGAGAAGGAGCGCGAUUUCUACUUUGCCAAGCUCCGGGAUAUCGAGCUGCUGCUGCAGAAUGCCAUCGAGGCGGACCCUGAACUGGAGAAGGAAGAAGACACUCUGGUGAAGCAUAUUCAGGGCAUCCUGUACUCAACGGAGGAAGGGUUUGAGAUCCCAGCGGAAGCGGAGGUCGCCGAUGAGCUGGAGACAUUCUAG